AUUUGGUCCAUUCCACCUUCCGUACAUUUUGACGUACACGGAAAUACGUAUGCGGAACCUUAGUUGUAAACAAAAGCGGACACUGCACUUACAACAUUUCUCUUCUGAACCAAAAUAACCCCGAAACAUUGUCAUAUAUUGUAAAACACAGCGUGUUAAAGAUGUUUGGCAGUGGUUGAUGAAAGUGCCAGCUCAUUCCUUUUAAGAAGACAUACUUUGGUGCUGUAAGCCCGCAAAAACGACUAUAGCCAACAUGUCUAGAAAGCAGACGUCAAAACCUGUUCGGAGCAAUAAGAAGAGUGAACUGGAACGCAAGAAGGAUGAGCGGGCAGCACGCAGGGCUAUUGUAAAGGACCGCAAGAACCGGCCUCAGGAUGGCGACGAAGGAGCAGAGUUUGUCAGUUUCUCCAAUCAGCUCCAGGCCCUGGGGCUUAAGUUGAGAGAAGUCCCCGGAGAUGGAAAGCUUCAAUCUGGUGACAGCUGUCUCAUCAUGACUAACCAGGAAGCCUUGGCAGAGGAACAUAAUGUCUUUGUCUGUUUCCCCAGCCCACAAUCAAUAACAAUGAACUGCCUGUUCAGAGCUUUGGGUGACCAGUUAGAGGGUCACUCCCGGGGUCACCUGCGGCUUCGUCAGGAGACUGUCCAGUAUAUGAUGUCCCAUCGACAAGACUUUGAACCCUUUGUUGAGGACGACAUUCCCUUUGCACAGCACUUGUCCAACCUCUCUCAGCCUGGUACGUUUGCAGGCAAUGACGCCAUUGUGGCUUUUGCUCGCAGUCAACAGAUGAAAGUGGUCAUCCAUCAGCUCAACACUCCACUGUGGGAGAUAAAUGGUGCAGAGAAGCAGGCAUGCAGAGAGCUACACAUUGCCUAUCGAUAUGGAGAUCAUUAUGACAGUGUGAGGCGGACCGGAGACAACUCUGAGAAUCCUGCUCAGCUCCGCAUAGAGAAUCUACAGAAUUCACAAGGCCAGCAGCGUGAGUUUGGGGACGGUCAGAGGGACAGGCGGAAAAACCCAUCUCCCACAGCCUCAGAGGAGGACAACGUUAUCCUCAGCUCCAUAAAGAAUCAAGGAAUCCAGGGUGAUGAGGAGAAUCUGCUACAGCUGAGUGCGGCAACCAUCAAUGCAGAAUGGCUUGUUGGCUCCGUGAAUGGCCAGUCCUGCCAGGGCCAGUGUUCCCCAGGAUCCUGCUCAGCCUGCAGAGCUGCUGCCACAGACUGCAGUGAGCAAAUACAGCCAACAGAGGGCAGCAACAUACAAAACCCAAAGGUAUCUAAUAAGCAGAGGAAAGAACAGCAGCGUCAGGAGAAGAAGAAGCGUCAGGAGGAGAGGCAUCGGCAGAAAUUUCUCCAGAGUAAAGGGAGUCAGAACCAGAACCUGCCAGAGGCUGUUACUUUAGUACCAGCUCUCAACACCCUCAGCAUAUAGACUGGAGCAGGGCCAAAAUUACCUUACGCUACUGUCGCUUCUGGUGGCUGGCGCUCUUUUGCACAUAUUCAAAUUUUGGUCACAGUGGAUGAUUUUUCCUAAAGAAAAUCCUGUAGUUUCUUUACAGACAGUAUAAAGGUGUGUGUGUGUGUGAGUGAUGUGGGAACGUUUUAAGACUUGUGAAAGAGCAUGACCUUAAGUGUUUUGUUGGGUUUUGAUUGAGUUCAAUCCCCAGUUGGUGUUGGUGUAUGGAAAAACUCCUCAAAUCUGGCCUACAUACCACGCUAGCUAGCCCCUUUCUAUGCUGGACAUCUGGCUUUUUAUGAAAACCAUACAGAUAAUCUCGUGCAGCUGGGUUUUUGGAUUGGUUACAGAUUGAGUUUAUUCCAUUUGUUUGGUCUGACCGAAAGUGAAAGAGUUACAGAGGAAUGAUUGUUAUGCACAGUGUGUAAGGAAUAUGGCAAUAAAUAAAUGAUUUAUUGUUUUUGUGCACAAG